CAUCCGUCCAAAAAAACAUCAUCGUAUAAAAUACACUUGCCUUAUAUAACACGAGUAUCAGCGUUGAUGUUGAUAUACGUUAAGACAGAACACAAGCCGUUUUGCUGCUUACAAUUAUUCACUUCACUAACUCAUGGCUAUCUUGGUCGACAACACUCUUGAUCAUUCUCGGAACAAGGAGAGUGGUGAUAUGGCUCUGGUUGAGACUGCUCAAGAAAUGUCUGCUGAUCCUUUCGCUAGGAGUUACCAACUAGAUGCACUGGAAAUGGCAAUGAAGCAAAAUACCAUAGUUUUUCUGGAAACCGGUUCCGGGAAAACCCUCAUUGCUAUUAUGCUUCUGCGCAGCUAUGCUCACCUUUUGCGGAAACCCUCGACUUCCCUUGCUGUUUUUUUGGUCCCCACUGUGGUUCUGGUUUCCCAACAAGCUGAGGUUGUGCAAAUGCACACGGACUUAAAAGUGGGAAAGUAUUGGGGAGAAAUGGGAGUGGAUUUUUGGAAUGCUGCCGAUUGGAAGAAGCAGCAGGAUGACUUUGAGGUGCUUGUGAUGACCCCACAAAUAUUGCUUAAUGCCUUGAGGCACAGUUUUAUAAAGCUUGAGACAAUACGCAUCCUAAUAUUUGAUGAAUGCCAUCAUGCUAGAGGCAGACACCCCUACGCUUGCAUUAUGAUGGAAUUUUAUCACCGUCAACUGGAAUCUAAUAACUUGCAGCUUCCUAGGAUAUUAGGGAUGACCGCUUCCCUUAUCAACACUAAAGCUUCAAGUGACGAAGAAGGUUACUGGAAGCAAAUCUGUGAACUUGAGAAUAUAAUGAAUUCAAAGGUAUUCACCUGCAGUAGCGAGUCUGUGAUAACAGAUUAUGUUGCAAUGUCAACUCCGAAGCUCAAGAGUUAUAGACAUGUGGAUAUUCCAUACUCGCUAUUCGAAGAUAUAGCUAGGGAGUUAAAGACUUUAAAAAAAAAGUUUGAAUGUGAUAUCGAAAAAGCGAACGUCGAGGAGUCCCAAAAGGAAAAUACGAGGCAGAGAUUGUCUAAACUAUGUUCAACCUUUUUCUUUUGCUUGACUGAACUUGGACUUUGGUUGGCCAUAAAGGCGGCAGAUUCUUUAUCAUCGCAAGAAAGCGAGAUGUUUAUAUGGGAUAAACUGGAUAAGUCCGGGGAGAGGAUUAUUACAGAAUUCAGCUUGGAUGUUUUCAAACUUCUCUCUGGUUAUAUGCCUUCAGAUCCUGACUGGUCCAUAAGGGAUGAUAUGGAAGCCAACGUGUUGAAUGGUUAUCUAUCAACGAAAGUUAUCUGUCUCUUUGAAUCUCUUCUUGAACGCAGGGGCUUAGAAGACUUGAGAUGUAUAGUCUUUGUACAGAGGGUUAUAACGGCGAAUGUACUUUGUCGCCUUUUGAAUGUUUUGCUUCCUAGCCUUAGUGGAUGGAAAACAGAAUAUAUGGCAGGCAGCAAUACUCGUCUUCAGUUACAGAGUAGGAAGGCCCAAAAUAAAAUUGUUGAAGAAUUUCGCAAGGGCACGGUUAACAUCAUUGUUGCAACAUCAAUUCUUGAAGAAGGGCUGGAUGUUCAGAGCUGCAAUCUGGUUGUACGGUUUGACCCAUCAGCUACAGUCUGCAGUUUUAUUCAGUCACGAGGUCGGGCUAGAAUGCAGAACUCAGAGUUUUUACUAUUGGUGGAAAGUGGAGACAAUUCUUCUUUUACUCGAGUAGACAGCUACCUUGCUAGUGGACAAGUAAUGAGGCAGGAAUCCUUGCGCCAUGCUGCAGUGCCUUGUCAACCACUUGAUACUGAAAUUUACAAUGAAGUGUUCUACCGGGUUGACUCCACAGGAGCUAUUGUAACACUUAGUUCCAGUGUGUCCCUGAUUUACUUCUAUUGCUCUCGGCUACCUUCUGACGGAUACUUUAAACCCUUUCCAAGAUGUAAUAUUGACAAGGAGUUGGGGAAAUGCACCUUAUAUUUCCCUAAAAGUUGCCCAUUACCCAGUGUUACUGUUAUUGGACAUGUCAAAACACUGAAACAACUUGCAUGCCUAGAAGCAUGCAAAACGUUGCAUAUAAUGGGAGCACUAUCGGACAAUCUUGUACCAGAUUUGGUGGAAGAAAAAGAUGAAGAAAUGGGUCAUCUGGAAUAUGUCGAUGAACAUGAUACUUAUGUUCCAUCGGAACUUGUGGGUCAAGGUUUACCCAAUGGUGCAAAAACAUAUUAUUGCUAUGUGCUACAGUUGGAGAGAAGUUUUAGCUAUGAUGUUACAAUGGAUCAUAUAAUACUUGCUGCUAGUAAUGAGCUUAAUUUUGAUGAAGACAACAUUACAUUUGAUUUGGAGGUUGAUAGGGGCAGUUUAACAGUUCACAUCAAAUAUGUUGGAACUAUAAGUCUCACUUCUAAAGAGGUUCUCAAGUGUCAGCAGUUUCAAGUAACAAUUUUCAGGGUUCUCUGCAAUAACAAUUAUAGCAAGUUGCAUGAGAUCCUUGAUGUUUUUCACCCGUGGAACGAUCUUACUGUAUAUGACUAUCUUCUCCUCCCAACUACUGGCUCACUGCAGUCACUGCGUAUUGACUGGAAAUGUGUCUAUUCUUAUCAUCUGUAUAAAAGUGAAAAUAUCUGCCAUGCUCACUCAAGUUGCCCCUUACCUAAAGACCAAUAUAAUAUUGUGCACACAAGGAAUGGUCUGGUCUGCAGGUGUAUUCUAGAAAAUUCUUUGGUUUACACACCUCACAACGGUUAUAUAUACUGCAUUUUGGGCACAUUAGAUGGUUUGAAUGGAAGUUCAGUGUUGAAUUAUAAAGACGGAGAAUCAAUAACUUACAAAAACUACUAUGAAAAAAGGCAUGGCAUUGAAUUGCAAUUUGAGCGAGAACAUUUUCUCAAAGGAAGACAUAUUUUUUCGGUACAGAAUCACCUUCAUAAGUAUAAAAAGCAAAAGGAGCAAGAACAAAGCAAUGCAUACGUGGAAUUGCCUCCUGAACUUUGUUCCAUUAUAAUGUCACCUAUUUCUGUCAGCACCUUCUAUACGUUUUCAUUUGCCUCAGCAAUCAUGCAUCGAAUAGAAUCUUUGCUCAUUGCUAGCAGCUUAAAAAAGAUGCAUGCCGAUUACUGUAACCAAAAUGCUAUUGCUACAACUAAGGUUCCAACCAUCAAGGUAUUGGAAGCUAUUACUACUAAAAAAUGCCAAGAGAAUUUUGAUUUGGAGUCACUGGAGGCUCUUGGAGAUUCAUUUCUUAAAUACGCUGCAUGUCAGCAGGUGUUUAAAAUGCACCAAGAUAAACAUGAAGGUGUUCUCAGUAUAAAAAAAGAUAGAAUUAUAUCCAAUGCUAACCUAUGCAAGCUCGGGUGCAGCCGUAAACUCCCGGGUUUAAUACGUAAUGAACCAUUUGAUCCCAAAAUGUGGAUCAUUCCUGGCGAACAAAUGGAGGCUUUUUAUGAAGUUCAACUAUCUAAUGCAACCAAAGUAUUUACUAAAGGAGUACGGAAAAUAAAAAGUAAAGUUGUAGCUGACGUGGUUGAGGCAUUGAUUGGUGUAUUCCUCAGCAGUGGCGGUGAAAUUGCGGCGUUGUCAUUCAUGAAUUGGCUUGGUAUUGAGGUCAAUUUUUUCAAUAUACCAUACAAGAGGAGCUUUUCAGCACAUCCAGAGGACCUUCUUAACAUUAGCUAUCUCGAGUCUAUACUUAAUUACUCAUUUAGUGAUGCUUCACUACUUGUUGAAGCAUUAACACAUGGUUCUUUCAUGCUACCCCAAGUUCCCCAGUGUUAUCAGCGUCUUGAGUUUCUUGGAGAUUCUGUACUGGAUCAUCUCAUAACCUUGCAUCUGUACAAUAGAUAUCCCGGAAUGUCUCCUGGAUUGCUAACUGAUCUGAGGUCAGCUUCUGUAAACAAUGAUUGUUAUUCUUUAUCUGCGGUUAAGGUUGGAUUGCAGAAACACAUUCUCCAUGCCUCACAAAAGCUUCACCGACAAAUAGAGUCCUCUGUUCAGAAUUUGGAUCCAUCAUUAAUGGGAUCAACGUUUGGAUGGGAGUCAGAAAACUCACUUCCCAAGGUUCUAGGAGAUGUAAUAGAAUCUCUAGCAGGAGCAAUUUUUGUUGACUCUGGUUACAGAAAGGAUGUUGUGUUCGAGAGCAUACGUCCGCUUUUGGAACCCUUGGUUUCUCCUGAGACACUCAAGCUUCAGCCAGUGAGAGAAUUGCAUCAGUUGUGCCAGAAGGAGAACUAUGUGUUAAAAAAGCCUGUUGUGUCAUGUGAAAAUGGUUUGGCAGCCGUUACAGUUGAGGUUGAGGCCAGCGGCGUUGUAUAUAAAGAGUCAUGCAAUGCUCCUAAUAAGGCCGAAGCCAAGAAACUUGCUUCAAAAGCUGUAUUGAAGUUGUUGAAAGAGGGCAUGUACACCAAACCUCACCCUUCUCCUUUCCUUUCAUCUCCGGAGAGUAAAAAGAGAAAGGAAGACAAGUGAGAAAAAAGACAAGGAAUAAUACUUUGUAUGUUUCACUACUGUGAGUUCCUUGCAUGCUGAACUUUGGUACUGAAUUCUUUACUAAAACUGCUGAUAUAGUAUUAUUUUUUUUGUAAAACACUUGUUAGAACUUAGAAGUGUUUAAGAUGAAAAGUGUUGAAAAAUGACAAUUAUAGGGGAUGUUAUCGUCCAGAAUUUGAUGACGGAUAAAAUUUUUGUAUAUCUGUUAGAAUAUAUGCGUGUAUGUAUGUAAAUCUGGAUUGGAAUAGCCUACUAGUUAAAGUUAAUAUUAAGGUUUUCUUCUA